AUGGGAUACCUCGAUCCAAGAGAGUUGAAUGACUUGAUAGCUUUGGCUGAGAGAGGAGGUAUAGGGAAAGGCGUAGCCUUGACGGAUUGCGUUGCCGAAGCUCCCGACCAGCUGAUGUAUAUAUCAGGAGAUGAACUGAUCUUACUUCGUGAUCUGGGCAAAGUCUUACUGGCAUCAUGUGAAGGUGUGAUAGGAUGGGUAGAAAGAGAAAAUGUGGAAUUCGAUUCUUUAGCUGGAAGUAGUACACCCCCGGGAAAUAUCAGAGAAUUACCAAAAACCAUCUUGACUGUCCCUUCACCACCACGUCCGAGCUCAGCUCAACCUACCAAACCGAUUUACUACACCCGCGCUGACGAGGAUGAGGAAGAGGGAGAAGGGAUCGAUGAAUUGCAGUCACACUUGGCAACGAGAAGUCGGAGAGAAGUGAAAAGGAUCUCGGAGCCUUUCGAAUUGGAUUCACCUCAACCUUCACCUGCGUUAUCACAGGAUAAUCGACAACAAGGAUUUUUCGAUCAACAGCAGCAACCGCAACAGAUUGGUGAAAGAAGUUCAAUAGUAUCAAACAACAGUAGUGAAGCUUUCGGAGGCAUUGGUGGAUUCAUGAUGGGCGGUAACGAGAGUGAAGAUGACCAUGAGAAUGGAAAUGGCAGCAUAUCGAUUGAUAGCUUGGAAGAGCUCAAAGACUAUCAGUCCCCGUCCACUGCAUCGCUUACUGCACCUCAUCAACCACCCACACAAUCUGCUUCUGCGUCUCUCCACCGUCGUCCAUCCUCGACUCAUAGCGAAGAUGAAAGUGAACAUGGAGAUGAACGGGAUCUAGAAGAAGACGAAAAAGACGUCGAAUGGGAUAUCUACGACGACUACGCUCGAGAGAGCAUGUACGGUCCAGCGAAACGAAUGAGCCUAGCAAUUCAACAGAAGAGAUUAUCUAGAGCUGCCAAAGCAGCUAGCAAAGUUCCCUCACCGCUGAGCGUGAGCAGUGCUUCGCCGGGGCUGUCGUCCCCUGCUUGGUCGAUGGACAAUCGAUUGAGUCCAAGUCCACAAACAGAGAGUUUCAGGUUACCUUCGGCCAAGAAAAUCCUUCAGGCAAAUCAAAGUCACCAUAAUGUCGAUCCAAACGGUACAAUUCAAGUCCAGGAGGAAAAUCAAGAAGGAGACCAAAUCCAAAUCACACCCAAAUUAUCAGAUCAACUUACGCCCACCACGCCUAACCAGUCCCAUUUCCACAAGAUAGAUAUGCCGUCUGCACAAGGUGGAAGAUCGGUAGCCACGGAACUGAGGUUGAGGAUCAUGAGAGAAAGGGAGAAGGAGGAGUCUGAAAACGAAUCCACCAACGGUCCUUUCAAACCACACCAAGAAUAUCAAGCUAUUGCGCCUUCAACUGAUGCGAAGAACGAUGACAGCGAAAUGCAAUCAGCUGGGAAUGACCCUCAUGAGCACGUUACCCAUGGUUCAUCUUCCAUAUCUGCGCACCAAAGCAGCCCUUCUGAUUCCACCACUUCCGGUCAGAGAACAGCAAGUACCACCCAUGAUUCAGAAGAGUCGACGAACAUCGCUACCCCUCAACCUCACGAUGCUGAACCAUUCCAUGCUCCAUCUUCGGCUGGCCAUGAGACAGUGGCUCAUGAAAUGACGAAGAGCGCUAGCGGCCAUACUCUUUUGGCUUCGCCCUUACCUAUCGACGAAAAUGAAGUGAAGAUCGAUGUGACCGACAAUGGUAUAAUCUCCGCUCACAGCUUGGUGCCUCCUCCCCCUCGGACCCAUUCCCCUAACCUUUCACCUCACCUGCAUCAAUCAGCUCCAGGAUCACCCUCUUCGCCACAUAGCGUAUCAGCUACUCGACAGGCAGUGGAUGUAGCUAGAUCUACCUUUGAUGGGAAACGACCCAGGGGCCUAACGCUUGUGGGAAGAAUGGAAGCUGAUUUACUGGCUUCAAAGGGACCCAUACCAAUCACCUUCUUAGUGAAUGGUCCAGGAAUGCCCGUCCUUCCCACCCCUACGCCGUCUUCUCACGGACACGAGCCCAUUGGCUUAGGACUACCUUCCUCCAAAAGCCGUGCAUCUUCACCACAUGACGCUCACCGAAGAGCUACCUCGCCGCUAGCAUCACCUAUCCUGGCUAACGAAGAUACAAUGAAUCAAGCCUCACCGUUUCCCCCUCACCCUCACCCUGUCAGAAGUGCGACUUCGCCUGUACCAUCUACACCGAAUACAACCCUCGAAGCCGAUCUCGCUAAACCCAGUCCACCAUUCUCGGUCGGUCGACCUAGGGCGCGAAGCUUUUCUGCUACCGUAGCCAAAACUCUAGGUGUGGGGGCCAAGAAAGAAUCUACACCUCCACCGCCGGCUUUGUCAAUCAAAAUCGAUCAAACUCCCCCAUUACCUGUCCCUUCCAUCAACUCGCCGGUGCCUCAGUCUGCUAGUUCCGUGAAGAGAUCUUUCUUCGGUGGUAGGAAAUCAUCUUUGAACCCCGCAACUCCACCUACAGGUACACACUCGCCAUCCUCAUCGAGCGCAACAGUCAAUCAUCUACCUAUCCCUUCGACACCUGCGUCUGUGCACCACCAUGGAAUAAGUAACGGAAAUGGUAGUGGAUCUACGCCAUCGUUGCCGAUCCCCGGAUCAGCGAGGUCCACUUCAUUCUCAUUCACUUCCUCAGUCAACUCCAAGACACCUAAGAAAAGCUCUACUACGCCUUCGUCUAUCACUUCGAGGGGCGGUGCGAUAUCUCAUAAAGAUUUCGUAGAAGAAACUGUCAAAGCUGAAGGAUUAGAUUUCGAACUGAUUCAACCCAAACGGCAGAACUCGAAUGGAGUACUAUUAUCACCGAUCGAAGACAAUUCACUUAUAUCUCCUGGAUCAUUCACGGUUGCUUCACAAAGACCAAACUUGAAUAGACAGUCGACGAUGACCUCGCAAAAUUCAAUAAAUUCUCUGAGAGCUUUACCAGAGACUGAUGAGUGGGGAUUCUUAAAAGAUAGAUCACCCGUACCGGAGAUCUUCCAGAGUAGAAGUCAGCCAGGGGAUCAUAGAGCCAUUGAACAGAAAUGGCUCUCGAUCAUCUCUACACCCCUCCCACCCAACACCUCCCCACCUAAAAAAGUCCGUAAACUCGUCCUAGACGCUGGGGUACCUUCUUCGCUUCGGGGAAAAGUAUGGGCUUGGUUCAUGGCCAACACGCUUUCAGCUAGGACACCGGGGUUGUAUCAGGAAUUGAUCGCACAUGAUAAUGGCUUGGAGGAUGGGAGGAUCGAUAAGGAUGUCGCAGGCGCAUACCCCGAUCACUCCAUAUUCGCCUCGUCUAAAUCAGCAGGGCAACAAGAUCUCCGUCUGAUCCUUCGUGCAUACUCCAACUUCGCCCCUUCAGGCUAUCGGUCCGAGAUGGCCCUGAUUGCUGGAGCGCUGUUGAUACAUUGUGUAGCAGAAGAUAGUUUCUGGUUAUUGAGUGGAUUGGUCAAUUCCGCUUUGAAGGAUUACUAUACCAAUUCAAAGGAUAGGACAGGAUUGAGGAUCGAUUCGUCGGUAUUUUUGGGUUUGUUGAUGAAGGAAGAACCGAAAUUGGGUAAAUUGUUCAAUGAGAUCGGACUACAUCCAAUAUCUUUCCUCGAUAAAUGGUUUAGUCAAUUGUUCAUCAGAUGUCUACCUUGGCCCACAACCCUGAGAGUUAUCGAUGCGGUCGUAUCAGAGGGGCCCCGAUUCCUUCUCAUCGCUUCAUUCGCCAUCCUUACUUUAUCGAAAGAACGUUUGAUGGGCUUACAGAAAAACCCAACUACGAUACUAAAGUAUUUGCAGAAUCUGCCUCAGGACAGUCUGCUCUUACCUGAGAAUUUCAUGAAGACUUGUGAUCAGAUAAGGUUUGAAGAGAAGGAUUAUAAGAAGUUGAGAAGCUCGGUUGAGAAGGAGAUCAUGGGGUGA